GAUCAUUGGGCAGGCAUGUAGUAUGUAGGAGGAUAUGGUUUCGUUUGAAGUUUUGCUCGUGGUACUUUUGUUAGUUUCCUUGAGCAAUAUUGUUACUUUCGUGAACUUGCAGAAAUGAUCUUUGGAAAGUCUCAGAAAGGUGUAAGAAAAGUGCAAGCACGAACUUUCGAGUGAGCCCAAUUCGAGUUUUGUGUGCUACUGGUCAGACAAAUUGUGUAUCUGCAAACUACAUUCUGGACUUUUAUUUCGCCGUCUUUACAUAUCGUAACAAUAUGCCAAGGAAAUCGGCAACAUGGUUCCAAGAUCCCAUUUUCAACCGUUAUUGGCAACACUAUUAUGGGACAUUAGAUUGGUUUCAUCACCACAAGCAAAUUAUGUACGAAAUCGAACACCAAGCAUCACGUUCGGAGCCUCCUGGCUAUAGCACACCACCAAGGUACACACAUCACCAUCGCCACAGUGGACAAGCAUCGCCAAAUUCAAAGCUGAAGAAGCAAAACUGUAGCGUGAAGCGCAAACGACGCCUUUCAGAGCCUUGUCCACUAGAUGUGGAAGCCACAAGAGAUACAAGCGAUGGGCUUGAAAUGGAAGUGACUGAAGAAAUUAUCGCAUUCUUCCAACACAGCGAAAAGCAUCGUCAAGAGCUUAAAGCUGCAAGGAUGGCGAAGAAAGAGGCUGAAGAGAAGGCUGGUUCAACGGGAAAGGACAAGGGUCGCCUCGGAGGAAUGGUGGCUUUGAGUGAGCAGAGGAGACGGCGGACUGCUGAAAUGAAAGAACUUUAUGGGUCUUCAGCUGCUAUGGUUCAUGGGAUGGAAACUGCGAUGCAACUCUCCUUUGACCGCUUCUGUGACCUGCAGCAACCAAGGCACUGGCCGAACAUUCCUCUCAAGCUCUGACUUGUGUACAUGUACAUGUACAUCUACAUCUACCACACCAUUGAAGCACUCACUGGUAUUCUGAGUCUAUCCAUGAAGACACUUUGAGAGCAGCUUCUCCCGGCACAACUCCAUGUAUGUCUGCUUCACCUUGUUGGCAAUAUCUUGGGGCAGUCCAGCCUUCUCCUUGAACUGACCUGGUCCUUCCUCAGCAGCAUUCUUCUGGAAGAGGCACCAACCCAUGCAUUGGCUUCUUCUUCGACGAACAGCAGUGAAAAAAUGAUACUACUACGGCACUUUUCGUGGCCGUCAAAUCGUUUGGAUUGCUUCGUAUAGCAAUGCCGUAGUAGUUCUGAAGCCCGUCAAUGAAGGAGUCUGUCAGCUUCCCUUUUCCUCCUAGUCCAGACAUUGUUUUCUUAGAUUUAUAAUAAUAAUAAUAACGGGAGGUAAUAGCGGAAUCGGCAGUUUAUUUCGAAAAAAAGUCUGCGAUCAUUCUCUGCUGCUUUUUCUUGAACUCAAUCGCCGACAAACUUCGUUCGAGCGCGUAAACGUGACACAGAGAGCCUUCUUCGUUCUCUUCACAAGAGAAAAAGAGACGCGCAACAUUGAGCGCCUCUAUCACUUGCGACGCAGAUGGGCACACCUGUGGGUCCUCCUCUUCACCCUCAUCAUCGUCGUCGCAAAUGUCUGUAGGCGCGUUCUCGCUGCUGACAACCUCACAAAUGAUGUCCUCGUCGGUCAGUGCACCGCAGACAGCCACACCACUAUCCGCAUUGAUGUAAUCACUGAAGUUCACAUCAUGGAGCACGUCACUGAUAUCCUCACAGGCCACCUCUAGCGCUGCAGCACUGUCAGAAGCCUCCGUGUCGGCAACAACAAAUCCACAGUGCCUGAAGCAGUUAGAGAUCGUUGCCACAGUAACUUGAUGCUGCGCUCGCGCUAGCAUAUGCAUGGCAGAGAGAAGGUUAACACUGUAAUUUCCUGCGCACAAUAUCGUACGUUCCAGGAUAUGCCGCCUGUAGAAGGACUUGACGUUCUUGGUGAAGAUACCUUGGUCCAUCGGCUGCAGGGCGGCUGUCUUGUUGGCAGGCAGGAAGGCAAGCUCAAUUGACUCGAGCUCAACAUCCACCUUCUGAGCGGAACAGUUGUCCACAAUCAACAGCACCCGCCGUUUCUGCAGCUCGAACUUUUUGUCGAGCUUCGUGAGCCACCACUUGAACAAUUCUCGCCUUCGAGUUGGAUGUGUAUUCUGUAGGAAGGGUGCAAACGUUCUUAAAACACCGUGGCUUUCGACGACUUCCCGAUCACAAGCAGAGGAAGCAAAUGCUUCGGCUUCGUAUGCCUCUUCAAUGGUUCUUCUGUUUCGGACAUAGAUAGACAAUGUGCUUCUUGGAUAGCUCCAGCUUCGAUAACUUGCCUUCGUCGACUGCAUGCAGAAUCGAGAUUUUGUCCUGUGGCGUCUUGGCGCGGUAUUUUCCUCUUUCCGACGACAGCAUGGCGAAUGCAAAACCACGUGCGCUUGCACACACACACACACAAAAAAAAAAAUGCCGAUGAACACUGUGGGGAGUGAAUUUUCACUUCUUCGUUCUUGCAGCACAGCCCUUGCCCAUUGCACAUCGAUUUGGCUGAGGCACGACCACAAAUAUUGUAUCAAAACUUUGAAAACGCAACAAAAAUUGUAAAGGAGAACAGUGGAACGAUUUCUUCUAAGCUCAAACAAAGUACCAUGGAAAUUUCCAAGCAGCACUGAAUGGUUGCUAGACUAUGACUUGUGUUUAGCUCAACAUGUUGAGAAAUCGUUUGGAAUAUUUUCGUCCUAUUUAAGUUAGUUAAAUUACCUACUUCUGGUUGGCGAGGGAUGUGACCACUUCUAGAAAAUCGCUUGUAUCUCCUGUUCCAUGCGCGGUAAUACGAAACUUUUUGUACAAAAAUGUGCCCUAGACAUUAAAGUUUCGGUUUCGAAACGAGUCCCACUCUCAAUUUUUCUCGAAAUUCUUUCGAUAUUUUGGGUGCCUGACUACCAAUGUGCCAUGCAAGUGUGUACACAUAAUGAUUAACUGUAACUAUUGCAUUCAAUACCACUUCUAGCAAAUUACUACAAUUGCGGUGCUGUAGAUCACCUUAUCACAUGUUUUUCGUUCAUACAGGUUUCGCGAACUUUGAUGGAAAUUCGAAUAUUUACAAUGCCCAGACUUUUUAAUUGCAGAGACUUUUUUUUAAUUUCCUUGACAUGACAGUUAAUUCACAUUCUGAGCAUAACUAUUCCAGUUACAGAAUCUGUCUGUACUCAUUUAGUUUUAGCACUGGGUACAAAACUUUUUGUGAAUACAUCUUACUGCAACCAGAAAACAUCAGUGUAUUCAAACCUUAAUUUAUUUGUCAUUUUAUGUUUCACUGUCAUCUCAGUUCAACAACUGUCAAUUAUGAAGGCAGUUGACGAUAGGGAUAGUAGACGAAUGGGAAGAGCAGCAGCUCUUGCUCUUUUGAUGUAAGAAUAUGUAAGAAGAUGUAAGAAUACUUUUCACUGUGAAAGGUACAGCCCACGGGAAAGGGUAAGGUUAAAUGGAGAGGAGGAAAAGGGUGGGAGGAGAGAAGACUCACUGAGAGAGUGAUUGCUCAAGAUAAAGCUGGCUCUUGAUGCUGGAAAAUGCAAUGUAAAAGGGGAACAACGCUACACGUAAUAAAACGAGGGUCAAAAUCCUCA